CCAUUUAGUAAAGAGAAACCAUUCAGACAUGAAGGUCUUGAACCGAGAGGAGCUGCAGGUGGCUGAAGGAGUCCUGCUCCAACAUUUACCAAAGAGCUACAAGAUGUAUGGCUUCCUGUACGGUAUAAACAGGAACAAACCCACCACCCUGGAGGUGGUGGUCGACACUUGGCCUGAUUUCAAAGUGAUCAUAUGUCGGCCAGACCCCAAAUUUGCUGUGGAAUUCAUUAAAACGGUGACAUGCUUCAGCACAGAUGAGCAGGCUUUAAGGAAAGUCCUGACAGAAGAAAAUGCAAUCGACUGGAGCACUUACUUGGUUAUUGGAGGACUUGACAAUUCCCAAACACCCCUGUUCAAAGAGAUUUCAAGUGACCGGGAAGUCAACAGCAGGCAUGACACCUUGGUGCGUGUCUUAUAUUUACCUGAAGUCAGCUGCCUGCAGUCACCAGCCACAGACAGUGAGCUUGAAUCGAGGAUCUCAUCACUCAAACCUUCCCACGUGUCGCUGGUGAACCAAACUUGGAAAUUUGGAGGGAACCAGCAAAGUUAUAACUUCAUCAGACAUCUAAUCAGCAACUUCCCUUCAUGCUGCAUCAUGGACGAACACGGCCAGCCGGUGUCCUGGAUUCUGGUGUAUGAUUACGGCGCUAUGGGGAUAUUGUACACGCUGCCAGAGCACAGAGGAAAAGGUUAUGCGAAAGUGUUGAUCAGCACCAUGGCCAAGAAACUGCUUGCUGAGAGCCAUCCGGUGUAUUGCUUCAUCGAAGAGGAAAACUCAUUGUCCUACAAGCUCUUUAAAAACUUGGGCUUCAUUGAGGAUCCUUCCUACAGGGUAGUGUGGCUUGAGUUAAAUUUUUGAGCAUCUUUUAAAUACACACCUUUGAUUUGAUUUACCAAACUUUCUAUCAUGUUUUUUAUCGUUUCAUCAUCUUAAACGCUGAAGAUUAUUUGCCUUGCCUUUUUACGAUUUUGUAUUUCUGUGUAAAUCCAUG